GCUUGCGGCUGUCUGGCUGGCCCAGUCGAGUGACGAUCUUCACGCGGAUAGCACUGUCGUAGCCCUCGGGAACCUUGCCAAGUGCAAUAUCACAUUUUGGCAAACCUAAUGAAGAAGUGCAGCGCCGCAGUUAGUGAGUAAAUUGAAAAUUGCACUUUUGUGAGACCGCCGCCAUAUUGGAAAAUUGACCGCAAUGCAACGGAUUUUUCCAACGACGAUUUUCAUCGGUUUCCUGCUCUGUUGGACCGUGGCAAAGCGCGAAAUUCCGAUCGGAGCCAUUUUUCAAACCGGUGAUAACAUCGAACCGGAGAUCGCGUUCCGCUAUGCCGUCGAACGGGUUAACAUGCACGAAAAGCACUUCGAGCUGGUUCCGAUCGUGAUGUACGUCUCACCGGAGGACAGCUUCAAGACGGAGAAAAAGGUCUGCGAGAUGGCCGCGGAAGGUGUGACGGCCAUCUUCGGACCCAGUUCUUUGUUGACCGCUGGGAUUGUGAGUUCCAUUUGUCGAACGAUCGAAAUUCCGCACAUCAUCACUCACUGGGAUCCGGAACCGAUGGGUGGAGUUGACCCUGAACUUCAAGCUAUGACCAUCAAUCUUUACCCGGAGGCGGAUACGCUUUCGAGAGCUUUGCGAGAUCUCAUAGUGGAUUACAGUUGGAAAAGUUUUACGAUAAUCUAUGACAGCGAUGAAGGUUUGAUGCGGUUGAAGGACAUUCUUCAGAUUCAUGGGCCCACUGAUAAUCCUAUAACGGUGCGACAGAUCGAUGAUAAUCCGGACUAUAGACCUCUGUUGAAGGACAUCCAAUCAUCGGGUGAAAGUCAUAUCAUUUUAGAGGUUCACCCGAGUAAAAUACUCGACCUGUUACGACAAGCCCGAGAAGUGAAGAUGUUGGAAGAGUAUCAGAGCUAUAUCAUCACAUCGCUCGAUGCUCAUACGUUGGACUUCGAGGAUUUAAAAUAUUCGAGGUCCAACAUCACUACCCUAAGGUUAAUGGAUACCAAGAGCUUCGACAUCAAGAAUGCCGUCCACGAUUGGGAACAGGGUGAGUCGAGGAUGAAGCGAAUGUUCCGGGUAUCACCCGAACACGUUCAAACGGAUUCGGCCCUCUUCAACGACGCUGUCAAGAUCUUCGCGACAGCAAUUCGGGAACUGGACGCUACCGAGGAAAUUUCUCCUUCAAGACUUUCUUGUGGAGCGAAAAAUUUGAGACAGUGGCCUUUCGGUCUACGAAUCGUUAACUACAUGAAAGUUAAAACUGAACACGGUAUCACGGGGCCGAUCAUCUUCGACGACAACGGUCAGCGGACGUUCUUCCAUUUGGACAUCAUCGAGCUCAAUCAGCAGGAAGGGUUUAAGAAGAUCGCAACCUGGGAUCCACGAAGUGGGGUAAACUAUACCCGAAGCAUCGAGGAUGUUCAGAUGCAAAUCGUUGAGUCGUUGCAGAACAAGACGUUUAUCGUGGCUUCGCGUAUCGGAGCUCCAUUUUUGACGUGGAAAGAAAUUAAAGAGGGUGAAUACCUUGAGGGAAACAAUCGUUUCGAAGGUUACUCGCUGGAAUUAAUCGAUGGCAUUUCAAAGAUUUUGGGCUUCCAGUACCGGAUGGUGUUGGUACCAGAUGGAAAAUACGGAUCGUACAACAAAGUUACUAAAAAAUGGGACGGCUUGGUGAAAUAUCUACUAGAUCGAAAAGCCGACUUAGCGAUUUGUGAUCUCACCAUCACUUACGAACGAAGAACCGCUGUAGAUUUCACUAUGCCCUUCAUGACCCUCGGCAUCAGUAUUCUGUACGCUAAACCAGUUCCUCAACCGAAGGACCUUUUCUCGUUCUUGUCUCCACUAUCACUUGACGUUUGGAUUUACAUGGCUACUGCUUACCUCGGUGUAUCGGUUCUACUAUUCGUUCUAUCCCGUAUGGCUCCUGCUGAUUGGGAGAAUCCUCACCCCUGCAAAACGGACAACGAAGAGGUGGAGAACAUUUGGGAUAUGCUGAAUGCCCUUUGGUUGACCAUGGGAUCCAUCAUGGGUCAAGGUUGCGACAUCCUACCCAAAGCUAUUUCAACUCGAGUAGUCGCCGGAAUGUGGUGGUUCUUUGCGUUGAUUAUGCUUUCAUCCUACACGGCCAAUCUUGCCGCUUUCCUAACCAUGGAACGUAUGGAUGCGUCGAUCGAAAGCGCUGAAGACCUGGCCAAGCAGAGUAAGAUCAAGUAUGGUGCCGUGAUGGGUGGCAGUACGCUAGGGUUUUUCCGAAGUUCCAACUUUUCGACCUAUCAGCGCAUGUGGUCAGCAAUGGAGUCUGCCAGACCGUCGGUAUUCACCAAAUCUAACGACGAAGGGCGGGAUCGCGUUAUGAAAGGUCGUGGGUUGUACGCAUUCUUGAUGGAAUCCACUUCACUGGAGUACAUCACCGAGCGAUAUUGUGAGCUAACUAAAAUCGGUGGCUUGCUGGAUUCGAAAGGUUACGGUAUAGCGAUGCCUGUCAAUUCACCGUAUCGCACGGCAAUCUCUGGAGCGGUGCUCAAAAUGCAGGAAGAGGGAAAACUUCACCAACUUAAGACCCGUUGGUGGAAGGAGAUGCACGGAGGCGGUCGAUGCGAUGGAGGCACUACGGCUGCUGCCGGAGACAGUGCUGCCGAACUGGGUAUCGGUAACGUCGGUGGUGUAUUCGUGGUACUGGCUAUUGGGUGUUUCUUUGCGUUUCUCAUCGGGAUUUUGGAGUUCUUGUGGAACGUUCGCAAGGUGGCAGUUGAUGAAAAGAUAACACCGUGGGAAGCACUCAGAGCGGAGCUGAAGUUCGCGCUGAACCUGUCGAUCACCAGCAAACCGGUACACAAUACAUUGAGCGAAUCGGAUUCGGGUAAAAGUUUGGCCCAAUCAAAGUCGGAAUCGAGGCACGAUUCCGAAUCGGUGAGACAACGGGUCAACAAUAUGAUACAGGGCGUCAACAAGGACACCAUUGGGUUUAUUUAUGGAAAAUAGAACCGCUGCUGCGUUGGUGUUUUAGGCAGUUUACAUGCAUAUGUAGAUAGAACAUGAUUCUUGUUGCAGCCUUAUAGAGAUGGAAUCUAAUGAACCUUGAAGGUUAAACGUGUGUUAGAUAAUUUUUUUGUGUUUUAGUAAAUUAGUGAUCCCAGCGAAGUAGAUAAAUAAAAUGGCCCAUGCCAACUGCACCCCAUAAACACUGAAUGUGCUUAAAAAACUACUUUUGAACGAUCAAUUUUAUUGAGGCUUAUUCCGCGAGUCGAGUGACUUGGUUUUUCAGAGUCACCUUAUUCUGGCAGACUAAUGCCGUGACUCUGGGUCACUUUAGGUGACUUGAAUGCACAUUCAUAAACUCUCACCGCAUUCUCAAAGGCGAAUAAAGUACCUCAGAACGGUGCCAAGUGACUUUUGAAGUCGUUACUCACAGAAUUUUUUAAAUGGCAUACCCUAGGUUUGCAUCUCAAAAAUCGUUCGGUUGAAUUUUGACAACUAUAAAUACAUACAGUACCGUUCAUAAUUAUAUAGAAAUUGAAAGCACGUGCACUGUCACUGAGACUUUGAACUUCCAUAACUUUUUAUUCUGAUGAUAUUUUUUGAUCACAUUUUCUACGUUAGAUAGAUCAACUAUCGCACUAUUAAACCACAAAAUUUGAGCUUUCUGGAGUUUGUGUGGCCUGAGAUACAGUAAUUCUUCGAAAAUUGGACUUUUGGACUUUUCUCAUUCAAACUGCAAUAUCUCAAAAACUACGGUACAUUUUGUAUUGAAAUUUUGCAGAGUAAUUGUUGAGAUACUAAGUCAGCUUGUCUGAAGUUUUUAAAAAGUUCUAUCGAUGGGAUCAAAAGUUACGCAAAGUACAAUAUUUCAGGCAUGAACCGCAAAAUGCGAUUUCUAUAGAAUUUUGGACGAUUCAUGAAAACAAUAUCGUUUCCAUCUACAAAUCAGUCUUAAAAUGUCUGACAAAAGCAAUGAAGAUAAGGAAAAAAUGGAAUAAAUGAUCUAUUUGUGUUUUGAAAUCAGAAUCUCGCGAUAUUAUUUUAAUUUUUUGGUUGAAAUUGGUGUACUGGUUGUUAAACAUAAAACAGGAUUUUCCGUUUUUUCGUUCAAAAUUCUUUAGAAAUCGCAUUUUUAGGUUCAUGCCUUAAAUAUUGUACCUCGCGUAACUUCUGAUCCCAUCGAUUGAACUUUUGGAAAACUUCAGACAUGCUAACUUAAUAUUUCAACAAUUACUCUGCAAAAUUUCAAUUCCAAAUGUAGCAUAGUUCCUUAAAGAUUGCAGUUUGAAUGAGAUAAGUCCAAAAAGUCCGAUUUUCGUAGAACUACUUUAUCUCAGGCCACACAAACUCCAGAAAGCUCAAAUUUUGUAAAAGUUUAUCUAUCUAACGCUGAAAAUUUGAUCAAAAAAUAUCAUCAUCAGAGUAAAAAGUUAUGGAAGUUCUAAGUCGAAGCUUCCAAUUUCUAUCAAUUAUGAACGGUACUGUACAUAUGUACUGGUUAAUUUUUAACAUAAAACAUUUCCAACCGCUGUAUGAUAUUUGUAGUUGAAUUGGCUAUUGAAUUCAAAUAAGAAAAAGUUUAUGGAAGAACGUUGGAAUUGUCAUCGAAAAAAAACCUC